GAGUUUUUAGAUUUCACUGGUAUGCCAUCUGUAGAUAAAGAUUACAGUCCCUGUAAUCCACAGAGUGAGACACUCAACAAGUAUGUUGUGGUUGUCAUCUAUGCCCUGGUGUUCAUGCUGAGCCUGCUGGGAAACUCCUUGGUGAUGCUGGUCAUCCUACACAGCAGAGCCGGGCGCUCUGUCACCGACGUCUACCUGCUGAACCUGGCCUUGGCCGACCUGCUCUUUGCCCUCACCUUGCCCAUCUGGGCUGCCUCCAGGGAGAGGGGCUGGAUUUUUGGCACACCCCUGUGCAAGGUGGUCUCGCUCCUGAAGGAAGUCAACUUCUACAGUGGUAUUCUACUCCUGGCCUGCAUCAGCGUGGACCGCUACCUGGCCAUCGUCCAUGCCACGCGCACACUGACCCAGAAGCGCCACUUGGUCAAGUUCAUAUGUGUGGGCAUCUGGGGACUGUCUCUGGUUUUGUCCUUACCCUUCUUCCUUUUCCGUGAGACCUAUCGUCCAAACAAUUCCAGCCCUGUCUGCUAUGAAGUUCUGGGGGAUGACACAGCAAAAUGGCGGAUGGUGUUGCGAGUCCUGCCCCACACUUUUGGCUUCAUCCUACCGCUGCUGGUCAUGCUGUUCUGCUAUGGAUUCACCCUGCGCACGCUGUUCAAGGCCCACAUGGGGCAGAAGCACCGGGCCAUGCGGGUCAUCUUUGCCGUCGUCCUCAUCUUCCUGCUCUGCUGGCUGCCCUACCACAUGGUCCUGCUCACGGACACUCUCAUGAGGACCCGGGUGAUCGAGGAGAGCUGUGAGCGCCGCAGCGACAUCGACCGGGCCCUGGAAGCCACCGAGAUUCUGGGCUUCCUCCACAGCUGCCUCAACCCCUUCAUCUACGUCUUCAUUGGUCAAAAGUUUCGCCAUGGAUUUCUCAAAAUCCUGGCUACUCAUGGCCUGGUCAGCAAGGAGUUCUUGGCACGUCACCGCAUUGGCUCUUACACUUCUUCCUCUGUCAAUGUCUCUUCAAAUCUCUGA